CACCAUCCCUGCUUCUAUUGUUUGUUCCUGACCCACCCAGUGUCUGAGAUUGACUCGGUGGCCGGAAUUGAGGAGCAGUUGUCAAGUUGCAAGCAAAGGCGAUGACCAGGGCUCCGACAGACUGAUGUAUGUUUGUGGAAUCCGGAGUCAGGGCAAAAUCAACGCCCAAUGUUAUUGUCUGCCCAGCUUUGAAAGGGUUCAAAAAGCUCUCUAUUUCCACAUUGUUUCAGCAAAAAAGUACUAUUCUAUUCUAUAUGAUGUCGACUGACAGAUCUCAGCAAUGCCUAAACUACGGGUCGUAGAGUGGCAAGUUCGGGUUCGUGAUUUUGAAAGAGAGAGAGAAAGAUUUUCAAAAGAUUUAUGUAGUUGAGUCUACAAUUAAAGAUACACAAAUACUGGUACUCGGGAUUCAAUCCUCUCUACCAGGGCAUUUACAUCCAGAAGUAUGAGGGGUAGAUCGUUAAAGUUCCACAUCCCAAAAUACUGCCUCCUGGCCUCGGCGAUGGUGCUUGACCCAACGGCUCAGGCCUUGGCUGGGCCUCAGAAGAACAAGAGGGCGGGUCCGGCCAAAGUGCUGAAGAAAGCAGCCGAGAGAAAGAGCAGCGAGAAGAACGGGGUCUGCUCGCAGAGCAGCCCUGCUGCUCCACAGGCGGAGGGGCCUUUAAGGACUGCGUCACAGACUACGGGGUCGCUCACUUGCAGCCUAAAGGUCAACCGGGCCCUCGGAGCAGGAUCGAGCCUUGUCGGUAAUGGACACUGCAGCUGGAUGAGGCGAAGCGAGAGCUCGUACAGCGUUAACAGCAUGGGCUCUGAUUGCCCCAGGACCAGGAUCAGGAACGCCACGUCUCUCCCGCACAUAGCUAGGUACAGUGCCCGAGAGCCACCACCCGUUAAAAGCCCCUGCCUCUUGGUGGCGCUGCGACCAAUAAAUGUCGACAAAGAGAAAGAGCUGUUCUUCCAGUCUAACUACACCUACAAUCCUCAGUUUGAGUACUGCGAGCCCCUCAGCAGCAGCAUCAUGAGCAAGUACAGCGUGGCCUCUGAUCGCUUCAUUGAACAGGCCGUUCGGAUCAUGAAGAGCGUGGUGAAGAUGUAUGGCAGCUAUGAGAACUUUGAGGUGGCCACCGGGGGCGCAAUGCUGUCAAAGAGUAAAAUAUGGACCUGUAUCAGAAGUUACAUGAGGAAAGAGGGAUGCUCUGGAGAGGUUGUGGUGCGGCUCAGUGAGGACCUUCUGUCUCAGGCGGUGAUGAUGGUGGAGAACUGCCGGCCCACACUGACGAUUAACCUUGCAGGGGCUCGUCAGUACUGGCUGGAGGGAAUGUUACGCCAUGAGAUAGGGACACACUACAUUCGAGGUGUUAACAACAGCCACCAGCCCUGGCACAGUGCAGCGGGCAGGAAGCUGUAUGGUUUGAAGCCAGCCAACCCGACUGAGGAAGGCCUCGCCAGCCUGAACAGUGUCCUCUACCGCAAGUACCCUUUCCUGUGGCGGGCUGCCCUGCUCUACUAUACCGUCUUCCAGGCUAGCCGCAUGCCCUUCUGUCAGCUCUUUGAAGACAUUGCCAAGUUUGUAGAGGAUCCAAACACUCGAUGGGAGUAUUGCGUGAGAGCCAAGAGAGGUCAAAUGGACACUUCUCAACCAGGAUGUUUCAGUAAAGACCAGGUGUACUUGGAUGGUGUGUUGCUCCUGCUUCGAUACAGAAAGACUAUUGAUUUCAAGAUGCUGGCAGCACUGGGCAAGGUCUCCUUCGAAGACGUGGAGCAUCUGAAGAAAUGCGCGAUCCUCCAAAACACGCGCAUCCCGCACUUCAUGAGGGAUCAGGCCCGCUACCUGGAUCAGCUACACCACAUCACCGCGGUCAAUGGACUGACAGACGAAGAGUUGCUGCGGCUUAUUCCCAAGUAGAUGGCACUGGUGACGGAAGUGUAUGGGGAUGGAGCCUCUCAACGGGCUUUCCAUCCAGUCUGCUUUUCAACGCGCUGCUUUAUUGUAGUGCACACACACACACACACACACACACACUAUGAACCCAAAGGCACAGUGGCCUUAAUUUUUUUUGGCGAUGCAUUUGAGCAUCGGUAGACGUUUGUAUGAAAAAUUGUGGAACUGUUUCUAUUGGAAGCUAAAGCCUGGAGCUGCAGCUUCACCCUCUGUCCUUUGUGUGCCAUGCAUUUCCUAUUUAAACUUGUAUUUAUUGUUUGCAAAGGUGCUGCUUUUUAAAAAAAAGAUAUUUUAAGCUAGAAAGGUUGGUUUGGGGCUGGGGGGCGCGGGGGGUGAAAAAAAUACAGAUUUUUCUUCCAAUAUUGUCCAUGUGCAUUCUAUCUGUGGUUGUGAUAGGGCUUUGCUCAGGCUGAGUAAAGUCAUGAUGUUGGUUAAAUUACAGAGUCAUUACAAACAGAAAGAAGUCACUUGUCCUAUCAAAUUCAUUCCAGCCCCUCUGGAACAAGCCAGCCUUCUGUCAGAGCCGUUGUAUCUUUGAGCCAGUAUCUGCACCUGUGUCUUAAUGAAAACUUUAGGCUCAAAUGAAAUUUAAAAAAUAAAGACAGAAAAAAAAUGCUGGAAAUGACUCAGCAGAAAAUGUCACAAAUGAUGUGGUGAAUAUUAGCAGGACAGAGAUACCGCGAUGAAACAGGCAAACAAUUGGAAGAUGCAAUUUAACCCAGAGAAGUGUGAAGUAACAGCUUCAGCUGGAAAAAGUGGCAAAAGGCAUUAUUAUCCAAGUAUUGCCAUUUUAGAUGUCACAGAGACUUAGGGAUAUCUGCACAUGAAUUUCUGAAGGUCACAGGAUAAGCUGGUUAAUAAGGGAGUCAAACAGUAUCAGGAGGGAGCAGGAAAGAAGAAUUGAGGCCAAAUCAGAUCAGUCAUGAUCUUAUUGAAUGGAGGAGCAGGCCAGAGAGGCCAGACAGUCCCCACUCCUAAUUCAAAUGUUCAAUGUGUAACAGUUGGGAAGACAGUUAAAAAGCUUGUGGGAUCCUUGGCUUUAUUAAUAGAGUGCAAAAGCAAGGACGUUAUACUGACCCUGAUCAAGGUCAAAAUCACAUGACACCAGGUUAUAGUCCAACAGAUUUGACAACACCAGCUUUCAGAGCACGACUCCUUUAUCAGGUGUUAGUGAGAGAGGAAGACCUUAGACACAGAAUUUAUAAGGAAAAGAUCAAAGGGUUAUACAAUCAUGCAAAUAAAUUGAACACAGCUAAGAUGGCUCUUAAAUCUUUAAUCAGUGAAGGUUUUGAUUGAUUAAUAUGCAGAUCCCAAAAUUUUUUUCAAGUCACUGCCCCGAGAUUACUUAAGGUGUUAUCAAUAUAAAGGAGGUGACACUUCUGGUCAAUGUAUUUUAGGCAUAGAGGUCCUUUUUGGAGUCUGUCUGUGUCUUAACCUGGAGUUAGACUGGUUUUAUUUCCAAAGUAGAAGUUUAUGAAAUGCCAUA